AUGGCAGAACAGCUCGACGAGAUCCAAUGGAAGUCGCCCGAAUUCAUCCAGGAAAGAGGUCUCCACACUGGAAAUGUGCUUGAGUACUUUGCCCUCUCGCCAUUCUACGACAGAACCUCCAAUAACCAGGUGCUAAUGAUGCAGUUUCAGUUCCAACAGAUCCAGAUCCCCAUCGGAGUGUCGUUCCACCAGUAUUUCCAGAACAGGCUUCUGGAGAUGACGGGAGUGGAGUUUGUCAUUGCCUAUAACCGAGAGCCAGACUUCUGGAUCAUCCGCAAGCAACGGCGGCUAGACGCCAACAGCACGUUGACCUUGCAAGACUACUACAUCAUUGGCGCCAACGUGUACCAGGCGCCCAAGAUCUACGACGCGUUGUCAUCCAGGCUUCUCUCCAGCGUGUUGCUGCUCAAAAACUCCAUCGACUUGUUGAACAAUAUGACCAAGUAUCAGAUCCUGGACGGGGGCCAUUCGUACAACAACGCCCAGCCAGUGGCGUCCACGCCGUCCACAUCACAACCCAAGCCUCCCGUCAGCGCAACCCCCGUGUUGCACACUCCCCAGACCGUGGGAGGAAGUGCUGGCACCGUGGACUCCGUUUCGAACCAAAUGAGCACCAACGAGGGUAUCGAAAUCACCAGCAGUGCGUUCAACAACUUGUUGAAUAACGUGGUCCAGGCAGCCCCAAGCAUAUACCUUGACGACAUACCCUUGUAUGGCAAGGGAAGUACGGUGGAAAUGUUGGGGUUGAAGGUCAGUUCAGACCCGUGA